UCUAAAUGAAAGUACUCAUUCUCAUUUUUCGAACUUUGCCCAACGCAGACCACAGGAUGAAAUCCUAUUUCUAAAUUAUUUCGGAGGCGUUGCUCGCAAACAGGGUUUUCGGCAUCCUUUUAGACAGAAGGGGUGGAGAACGAGUGUGGGGGUUGCUCGUUGACUUUCCGAGCUUGAGGCGACUAUUUGAUAACCGAAGUGGCCAAGAACAUACACAGAGGCUUUGGUCUCGGUGUUAUCGACACUAUUAGACCUACCUGCAAAUUAACUCCCUCGGGUCCAGCUUUCCCAUCCGGAUAUCGAAGGACCAAAUCCUACCUGUUUGCCAGGACCUCCAAGGCUCUACCGAGAUAAUUCCGAUGCCUCGUAGCCAACUAUUACACUUCUCAAGGCGUAGAUGCUUCUGAGUCCUGUUUCCAGCUAUCUGCAGAAAGAUACUCAAGACCCAAUGAAAUAAAAAUGCAAAACUCUACAUACUUCAAUGGUUCUGAAGGGAAUACCACAGACUCCCUGGUUCCGGAGAGUCCAUAUAAGACGGUGGAGGUGGUAUUUAUUGUCCUGGUGGCCGGAUCUCUGAGCCUGGUCACCGUGACUGGCAACAUCUUGGUCAUGCUCUCCAUUAAAGUCAACAGGAGUCUACAGACCGUCAACAAUUAUUUCCUUUUCAGCCUGGCCUGUGCAGACCUGAUCAUCGGGCUUUGCUCUAUGAAUCUGUACACAGUCUACAUUGUGAUUGGCUACUGGCCAUUGGGGCCGGUGGUCUGUGACCUGUGGCUAGCUUUGGACUACGUCGUAAGCAACGCCUCAGUCAUGAACCUGCUCAUUAUCAGUUUUGACAGAUACUUCUGUGUCACCAAGCCGCUCAGCUACCCAGUGAAAAGGACCACCAAGAUGGCAGGAAUGAUGAUUGCAGCAGCCUGGGUCCUGUCUUUCAUCCUGUGGGCUCCAGCCAUCCUUUUCUGGCAGUUCAUCGUCGGUGGUCGGACUGUACCUGAGCGGGACUGCUACAUUCAGUUUUUCUCCAAUGCCGCUGUGACCUUUGGCACAGCCAUUGCCGCAUUCUACCUACCGGUCAUCACCAUGAUGGUCCUGUACUGGCAGAUCUCCAGGGCGAGCAAGAGCCGUGUGAAGAAAGACAAUCAUAAGCCUACAGGUGCCAACCAGGAAGAGUACCCCAGUCAGGUGCAGAGUCAUGCCAGUAAGCCCAACAACAACAAUGUCAUGGCCGACGACACCAGCCGGAACGAGAACCAGGAGGCAUGUGACGUAGGUGGCCGUCUCAACAACAAACUGCAGAAUGGCAAAGCCCAAUCCACGUCUGGUGGAGAAGGGGAGGGAGAGGGGGAAAACGCCCCAACGGACAACUGUGCACCUACCACAGAGGAGAAGGAGAGCUCCAACGAAUCCUCAUCGGUCAGUGCCGGAGCCUCCAACCUUAAAGAUGACGAGAAGGUGCUGCCGAAAAAGAACUGCCACACCAGCCCAAGUCAACCCCCCAGCCGUCACCGGGUCAAGACCGGCGGCUCCAAACUCACUUGCAUCAAGAUCGUGACCAAGUCGCCAAAGGGGGACUGCUAUGCUGCCUCCAGUACCACUGUGGAGAUUGUCCCUGGGGCAGAGAAGCAGAACCUGGUGGCCCAGAAGAUCGUCAAGAUGACCAAGCAGCCUCCCAAGAAAAAGAAGACAGCACCAUCGAGGGAGAAGAAGGUCACACGGACCAUCAUGGCCAUCCUGGUGGCCUUCGUGGUCACUUGGACACCCUACAAUGUCAUGGUGCUCAUCAACACGUUCUGCUCCAGCUGCAUACCCAACACAGUAUGGACCAUCGGUUACUGGUUGUGCUACAUCAACAGCACCAUCAACCCCGCCUGCUAUGCUCUCUGCAACGUCACCUUCAAAAAGACCUUCAAACAUCUCUUGCUCUGCCAGUACAAAAACAUUAGGUCGGCUAGAUGAAUAUAGACACAUAUGUGACAUUUUCUUUUCUAUUUUUAAUUUAUAUAACCUGUUGUAGCACUUUACAGACAUGCAAUCCUAACCAGGUGAGGAGUCACGCAUUGCUGCUCUUCUACUACAGUGCACAGAAGAUCCGGGAAUGAUGUAAUAGGGUAAACAAGUCGUCUUGGAACUGGGUGGAAACUGGCCUUUGUGUAAACAAACAUAUAAAAUCUGAAAAACACUAUGAAAUAUGACAUACUCUGACAUGAAGACUGACAAUAUACACAGGCCCAGUGACACAGAUUGGAAGGGAGGCUAAGAGGUGAAGGCAGACAGUGUAGGUUGUGCUCCUAGGAAUCUGAGAGGGAACUUCUGCACUGCGAAAUCCAUACAUUCUAUGGGAAAAUAGGGCUGAUUGGAUAUACAAACCCUGUGUUUGUAAUUCAGCAUAAAACGAUACACCUGUACAUACAUGUACAUAACUGUAAAUAUACAUUGCGGGCACGCCUGGAUGUCUGCGCGUGCCUGAAAGCCUCUACGUGUGCAUGAGUGAUUGAGGACUGUACCAAGCGCCAGGGCAAGCGGGGAGACAGAGUGCAUUGAACACUUCCUGUGAUGUACCAUCGGGCCGCUUGACAGCACAAUAGAAAGGGGGGGCCAUACAGUAUUUAUGCUGAAGUGCCCCCAAACACCUCCAGGGAUGGCUCAGUCACAUCCGUCACGGGGACCACCAGUGACAGCAAGAUAACACCCCCCCCAAAUUUCCUCUUUCAGGAGAGGAGUUCCAUUCUCAGCUGUGCAAUCUGUGACAGGAAAUCACUCUCUCUGUGCCGAAACUCUCCCUAAAAAAGAACUUAAAGAUGCUAUCAAAAUCAUGCCACCGGGGUGGAUCUUUUGGUUAAUGCUAAGUACAAUCAAUGGUGUCGAGGUUAUAAAUUAUAUCAAAAAUAACAUCUGUGUCCUAAGCUAGAUAGGUACUACGUACAAUAGACCGAAAUUAAUUCUGCUUAACACUGGAUGUAUUGAUUGGACCCAACUGAGCAUUCAUGGAUUGGGUCUGUACUGGGCUUUGAAAUUCCCCGCUAUAAGAAUCACAUCUUGAGUCACGCAGCCAGCUGCAGUACAGAAUGCAUCUGCGUGUUGAGAGGAAUGUUCUGGGAAUCUAUCUGCAGGUGUGCACAUUAGGCAUGU